CAAAGUGCACAACUGGGAAAGUUUUUGCAAAGGCUCGUGGAGAAGCUGGAAGAGGAAGGAUAAUACAUACGAAACCAAACAGUAGAACUUUCCCAUCGCUAUAUCACAUCUGUUUUUUUAUCCUUCCCUUUGGAUAACUGCCUCAUUAGAAAACACCAUGUGGUGUUUAAACCCCGCUGUGGAAAACGCUGAAAAGUGCCGAACGCUCGGCUGGGCGGAUACCUGAGCUGGUUUCUGAGAGUCCACCUAGCAUGCCUACCUGGACAGAGCCCUGGUGGGCAGAAAAUGCAGCCCCUUGCAGGCUGCCCUGUGUAGCACAGCAUUACACAGCAUGGCCUUGUUUCCAUAGUCAGGCCUACCAGGUCCAGGCAAGUAUUUGGUUAAGUUUUUGCCUGAAGCCUCAUACCAGACCCAGGCUGCAAGUCUGUUUGCUGCUUGUCCACUUUCAGGCCUCGGAUGUGCCGGCUUUGCUCUAAAUCUCCUCUGAUACAAAGCCUUCUUGGUGUUGACAUCACACUGUCGUUGAAACACAAUUGCUCAUAUCCAUAUUCUAACUGUGAUAAGCCCACCCUUGAUUGUGGCCACACCCCUUUACCCUGACAGGCCAGAUGAGGUUCAAGGGGAUUAGAAGGGCCUAAAGCACAGGAUCAAGGCAUGACUCAAUCGCCAUUAAAGCCUGGGUCUGACUGAGGAAAAGCAAGAAGCACUGAAACCCUCUUGCGCAACCAUUACUGGUACAGCUGUGGGAAUGCAACCAAUAUAACACAAUUAGGGGCCUGAGUGGGCAACAUACAUUCAAUGCAGUAGGCUGCCCCAAUUCAGUGGUGGCAGCCUACUUCAGACCCACAUGUGCACCACACUUGACUCAGUCAGAUUGUCUACUGCAAGCCCACAUAGUAAAGGCAUAGUAAAGGCAGUCUACAUUUGCAUCAGUGAGAUUACUGAACAGAGGUGGUAAAUCAGAUUCCGACUGGAGGCGAUAAAUAACCUAACUCAGUCAUUGGCCUAUAUGACAUAAUUCUUGCUGAAACUUGGUAGAACCAAUCAGUUAGCAGGAAACAAAACUCAAACCCUAACCUCACUUUCCAGACACUUUAGAGAGGGGCAGUAGCCACAGACAAAUACACACACACAAGCACACAUCUUGACUUCUGUCAUUUAUAUUGGUUGAAAAUCUGCAACACUUAAUUGGUUUUAAGUGAUCUUCAAAAAUUUUUGUAAAAAUGGAAAGUUAAUGAGAUCCCAAAUUUCUUUGUGUGACAUAACAUUUUAUGUUGGACACAGAUUUUCCAGUAAUGUUUGCAACAUGGGGAAAUGAGAUUUAUUUCACAAGUGAAAAUUAUUUCACCUUCAAAGCUAUGGGUCUGAAUGAAUGAAUGCAUUACAGUAAUAUAUUUGUUUGUCCACUUUUAGUUUUCUGCAUCUCUUAAAUAUCAUUAGUAAAUGGAGCAAUGCAUCCAUGAUAAAAUACCUGGUGGGGACAGAAAGUGUACGUUGGCCAGCAUGCUGUUCAGAUAAAAAUACUGUUUAAUGUUCGUUGAGACCAGGAUCAAUAAGAUCAGAAUAAAUCCUUUGACUUGACAGUAAUAGAUAACCUCUCUUUAGAAUUGUCUUUGUUUCAAGCAAGAUUUGUUAUUUAAUAUUUUACAAAAUGAAAGUGUACAUUGUAAGUCACUCUCGAUAAGAACAUCUGUUAAUGGAUUAAAUGUAAAUUAAAAAAAAAAAAAGGUUUUGGUCAUCUUUUUGGACACUGGAUUUGACACAAAUGUUGAUUACAAAUCAGUUUAUGCUUAUCAGGCCAUAUAAAAUAGAUCUGGCUGAAUUACGCAUGCAAAAUUGUCUUGAGCUUUUGCUCAGCUAUUGUGGCGAUUGCUGGAGUUUUGAAUGCAUGUUUCUCUUCCUUGUUUCCAUGGAGACGGGAGCCUUGGCACCUGCUGUUGCAGCUGAGCUGGAUCAGACCAGUGCAGACGAUGGGAGUGUUCCAUUUUGUCAGUUAUGGGAUUGCUUCAAGUCUUGUAACAGACUUGUAGCAUUCUAGAACUACAAAAUUAAAUUGCUGCUGCACUUAGAUGUAAUCCUUGACUGGAAUCAAAUGUUUUUACACAAGAAUGGUUAGCGUCAUCGUGGUUCAGCAGCGGGCACUCUGCUGAGAUCGAGCUCACACUCUCUGACUCAUCUGUGUCCCAUCCAGAGAAAGCCACAAUGGUAAUUAAGCUGGCUAAGCUAUCAUAAGGACCUUCUUGGCGUUUUGGCUACCUGGACCUUCAGGCUACAAGACGGCCUUGAGAUCCUGGGCACGAGCGCGCACUCGAUAUCCCUGCGUCAGCGCGCGCGCUCUAAAUGACUCCCCGUCUGUGCGCGUGCUCCGUGCAAGCUGGUGGAUUGUAGGUGAUGAUGGCGGAAGAGGAGCCGCGUUGAGUUAGCUCUCAGUUUUAUUUUAAUAUAAUAAACUGUUAAUAAAUAUAAUUUCUCUGCACCGUCUCAUUUCCUGAGACCAUGGGGAACGAAGCGAGCCUCGAGGGAGGCGGACAGCCGGGGGAACCAGGCUCCGCUGUACCGACGGCGGCAGCUCCGGGUUCCAUUUCAGCACCAGCGGGAUCUGGACAGCUCAUCAAGCCCAGUAAUGGUGCGCCAGCCGGGAGCGGACCAGCGGCUGGGCCGGGCCCGGGGAUUAACAGCUCUGCCGGGAGGCCAGGCCAGAUGGAGCACGCGCCGGGGCCAAAGCCAGGGGCGUCCCCCGAUGAGAGCAGAACAGGAGCUCCCUACCGCCUCGCCACCCACGAGAGCCCCGCCCCCCAGCGCGGGUCAGGGCAGGGCCAGCACGCCGCCCGCCUGACCCUCCCGGUGGACGGGGGCGGAGCCGGAAGAGCGGGGACGGGCCGGUCUCCGGCGGUGUCCCCGGGCAGCGCCCCCAGCUCCCCGUACUCGGUACCGCAGAUCGCCCCCAUGCCCAGCAGCAAGCUGUGCCCCGUGUGCAACACGACCGAGCUGACUGCCCAGGACCCGCCAAAUUCCAACACCUGCACGCAGUGCCACAACACCGUGUGCAACCAGUGCGGCUUCAACCCCAACCCUCACCUCACACAGGUGCAGGAGUGGCUGUGUCUGAACUGUCAGAUGCAGAGAGCUCUGGGGAUGGACAUGACCACGCCCACUCCACGAUCCAAGAGCCAGCAGCAGAUCCACUCUCCUUCUCAUCAAGCCAAACCAGAGCCACAGGGCCCACCCCAGGGACAGGCUCUUCCCCCUGCACAGGCCCAACCCCCUGCCCAGGCCACACCCCCAACACAAGCCACGCCCCCAGUGAAAGCCUCUCCCCAUGCCUCGCCAGGACCUCAGAGGCAGGCUGGGCCUCCGGGCGGAGCCACACAAGCGCGGCCUGAUCAGCGGUUACCCCAGCCUGCAGGGGGUGCCCUUCCAGGCCUGGCCAAGGCCCCUUCUCAGCCAGACCUGUCCCGCCCCUCACCCGGCCGCCAAGACCAUACCCGCAGUGCAGGGAGCUCGCCAUCCAAGCAGCCCCCGCCUCCCCAGGACCAGCCGUUCGGGAAGCUAUUCGGCUUUGGGGCGUCCCUCCUGAACCAGGCCAGCACGCUGAUAUCUGUGGACCCCACCCAGGGCACGGCGCCACCCACAUCCCCUGCCAAGCCUGCACCUUCGGCUGCCAGUAAAACCCCCAGCCCCGCGGGCAGACCAGGGGGAGCCCCACCCCCCCAUCAACAGGCCCCACCCCAAAACCAACAAACUCCGCCCCCUCAUAAACAGGCCACACCAUCACAGCAGCAGGCCCGCCCAGAGCCUGCCCCCAAGGCCAUCUGCUGCCCACUGUGCAAGACAGCACUGAAUGUGGGCAGCACGGAGCCCCCCAACUACAACUCCUGCACCCAGUGCCACUCGCAGGUCUGCAACUUGUGCGGGUUCAACCCAACGCCCCACCUGGUGGAGAAGAAAGAAUGGCUUUGCUUAAACUGUCAGACACAGAGGUUGAUGUCUGGAGGUCUGGCUGAUGCACCACCCCCUCAGCCAUCUCCAAAGCACCCUCCAAUGGGCUCUCCCCAGCACCAACCUCCAGCCAAUCAACAGCAGCCACUGUUGCAGAAAGGGCCCAAUCAGCAACCAGUGCCGAGGUCAUCAGGCCAGCUUCAGCAACAGAGACCAGUCUCCGGCCAAGUAAGUGGGCCUUCUUCCCUGGCGAAGCAGCCAGGACCCCCAGUGCAGGCUGUGCCCCCAGUGUCACGGGAGGCCCAGGGUCCACAGCAGGCCCCGCCAAAGGCCAUGUCCAAGAAAGCGGUUACCACGCCCAGACAGCAAGAGACCACACACAAACUCCCAGAGACCACACCCAAACUUCAAGAGACCACACCCAAACCUCAAGAGACCACACACAAACUUCAAGAGACCAUACCCAAACUUCAAGAGAAGGACUUGGAGACCAAACCCACCCCCCCGAUAAAGGGUGACACUGAUCAGAUCACUCCAUCUAAAGACAUCAAGAAGGAAGAUGGAUCUCAGAAGUCUAGGCACUACGAUGAGGGCGGUAAACCCGGGCCGCAGGACAUCACGCGGAGCCCACAGAGCCUGAGCGACACUGGCUACUCAUCAGAUGGGAUCUCCAGCUCCCACAGUGAGAUCACGGGGCUGAUCCAGGAGGAGGGGGUAAAGCUGAGUGAGAGGGGGCUCAGCGAGCGCAGCCCACCCAGCCCCUCCGAAAUCACCAAGCUGGAGAGCUCCAUGCGGCCGCUGCUGGAGUCCAAGACCAUGGCUGAGCAGGAGCGGGAUCGGGGGAAGCACCAGCUUGGCAGUGAGGACACUGACGACCGGAAGCAGCGGCCGCGAUCGCUCACAAUUGGCCAGGAAGAGGAGGCAGCCGAGGAAGAGAGCCGCCGGAUCAGUUCAGCGGAAUCCUCAGAUGACCUCAGCUGCAGGCUGCGGCAUGACUAUGUAGAGGACAGCAGUGAAAGUGGCCUCUCCCCACUCCCUUCCAGGCAACGGAAGGGCCAGAGGGACACAACAGAUGAGGAGUUUAUGCGAAGGCAGAUCAUGGAGAUGAGUGCUGAUGAGGAUGAGAUUGAGGAGGAGGAUGAAGGGUAUGGCUACACUAAGCCAAGGAAGAGCCACAAGCACAGUGCCGACUCUGGGAAAGAGAAGCGCCGCCUCACCCAGCACUCCAAUAGCUAUGAGGAGGACAGCAAAGCGUCCGCUGACAAUGGGCAGGAUGGGCUGAUGGCAGGAGGCUUGCGCCGUUUCAAGACCAUUGAGCUGAACAACUCCAACAGCUACAACCGUGACAUAGAGCUAAGUGCUGAAAAUGACCUCGCCCUGGACAGGGAGCCGGAGCUUGAGAUGGAGAGUCUGACUGGCUCCCCUGAUGAGCGGUCAAGGGGGGAGUACUCAUCCACCCUUCCAGCCACCACCCCAAGCUACACAUCUGGCACCUCCCCUACGUCAGUGUCCUCCAUGGAGGAGGACAGUGACAGCAGCCCCAGCCGCCGGCAGAGGCUGGAAGAGGCUAAGCAGCAGAGGAAGGCCAGACACCGCUCCCACGGUCCACUACUGCCCACCAUUGAGGACUCAUCUGAAGAAGAUGAGCUGAGGGAGGAGGAGGAGCUGCUGCGUGAACAGGAGAAGAUGAGGGAGGUAGAGCAGCAAAGGAUACGAAGCACUGCAAGGAAAACCAAGAGGGACAAGGAGGAGCUGAGAGCACAGAGACGAAGGGAGAGAUCCAAGACUCCUCCGAGCAAUCUUUCCCCCAUUGAGGAUGCUUCCCCGACAGAAGAGCUGAGGCAGGCAGCUGAAAUGGAGGAGCUCCAUCGCUCCUCCUGCUCAGAGUACUCCCCCUCUGUUGACUCAGAAGCAGAGGGGUUUGAAAUGAUGGCCUCAAAGCUGUACAAGUCUGGCAGCGAAUACAACCUGCCCACCUUCAUGUCUCUUUACUCCCCAACUGAGAAGCCGACCGCCACCUCGCCAUCUUCCAUCGACAAACCACUGAAGAGUGCCGAGGAGGUCUACGAGGAGAUGAUGAAGAAAGCAGAGAUGCUGCAGAAGCAGCAGGGGCAGGCAAGGCAGGGGAGCACAAAGUCAGGGGAAGUGCGGGGCCUACAGCAUCAACAGGCAGCUCAGAAAAAACAGCAGGCUUCCAUCCAGGGUCCAAGACAGCAGCUGGGCAGUGAGGUGGAGGCAGCCUACCCAGAUAAACAGCUCUUAGACACUGGAUUUGCUAAGCUGCUGGAGCAGAACAAUGCUCUCCUCACACCUGGUACCAGCCCCACACAACUCUCAGCACCGGUUUCCUUUUCUGGACAAGAGAGCGCAGGAAGAGGUGUCCCUGAUGUGCGAGUAACUCAGCAUUACACAAAAGAAGGACGGAAGGACAGGGUUGGAGGUCAGACCCAUAAAGCUGGAGCUGUGAGCCAGGCCUCAGUCAGUCAAACUGCAAACACAAACCAGUCGUCAACGUACGAUCGCCAAAUAGGAGCUAUACCUGCAGGUUCAAACAUUUCUAGCAGGAUAUCAGAGGUCACCCACGCUUACAGUCAAAGAGAACAACCAGGAAGGAGGACUCCUGCUCAACCAACGCACAGCACACAGGCCACAUCCCCAGAUCCAAGUGAUACAUCCCUUACCUCCAGAGUCUUUUCUUACUUCAAAAGUUCAAGUCCCCCCCUCUCUCCUUCCACCUCUCCUACGCAGAGCCCUACUCACUCUCCAUCCAGAAUAGGUGCCACUGAGCCCUCUACACAAAGAGCACCCCCUGCUGGUUCGGGUGCUGCCUCCCCAGUAUUGGGUCACGGGACACAGAUGCCUCAUAGAACUGUUUCACCACGCCUCUCCAGGCAACAGUCCUCGCAGGAUGCCCCCUUCAUGGUGAUAACAUUAGGGUCUGAACCCACUAGCCCCAGCAAACCUGUGACUGUAAAUUCUGCCACUUCCCCAAUCACCUCACCAACAAAGCUGAGCCAUCAGCCAGAAUUUCAGACCCAUGUCCCUGCAACAAGUCCCCCAAGUUCUCCACAACAUCAGCUCCCUCAUCAGUCUACCCAACAUGGCUUGCACAAGGCUCAGCCAACAGAGAGGGUUCACACUAGCACCAGCACCACUAGCUCCUACAGCCGGGGGUCUAUGUCCAUGGAGAACAUUUCCCUCUGCAGGAUCUCCACUGUUCCAGGCACCUCCAGGGUAGUAGAACAAGGCCAAAUGCUGCCCAGCAGUAACGUAGUUGACCUUCGGACACCUAUGAAGCCAGCCCCUAUCAUCAUGACAGAACAGGGUAUGGACCUGACAUCUUUGGCAUCAGAGACUCGUAGAUACUCAUUAGGAACAGAGGCAAGUCCAAGCCGCCACACAGCAGUUCAGCCCCUCAUCAUGAACCUGAAUGCCCAAGAGCAGUUACACACAGCCUCAUCAACGGCAACAACAGUUAGUGUUACAGUGGCAGCUUCCAUGUUUAUUUCACAGCCGAAGCAGCCGGUGGUCUAUGGAGAUCCAAUGCAGAAUCGAGUGGACCUGGGUCAGGGAGUCGGGUCAGCAGUGUGCCUGACACAGACCAGACCACUGGCAUCAUCUGAUCCAUUCAUUCCAAAGAUAGAUGCUUGCCUGGAAGAUUUGGGAAUUCAACAGCAACAGCUACAAAAGCAGCAAAAGAAGCUUCAGCAACAGCAGCAGCAGCUCGAAGAGCAGCUUCAACAACAUCAACAACAAACAUCAUUUGCCAGGUACAACUUAGCAAACCAAGUGCAACCAUUGCUUAUGAAGAAAGACUUGCUUGUGAGUCAGACCAGUGGUGCCCAAGCGGUCAAUGUCAGUGCAAUUCCCAGAACCUCUCCUCUCCCUGCUCAAGCUGGAACCUCUACUGCUCUUCCCCAUGAGAUCUAUGGAGGAGCUCCCCUGGAGCUGAAGAACAAACCCACGGCAAUGAACCUGUCCACUGGUAAACCCCAUGUCAUGGUGGUCCAGCUAGAUGCCAGCAACCAGAAGGGUUCUACAGUGACCCAGCUGGUUAAGCCAGAGCAGCCUCCCCCCCAGGAGGUCCUGGACCUCACUGGCCAGAUCAAGGCUGAGAAUCAGGUGGCAUGUUGUGAUGUAGUCUACAAGCUUCCCUUUGCCAGCAGCUGCACAGGGCCCUUUGCACAGAAGGCUACAGUACUAGAGAAGAAUCAAAUAACCGAACAAUCUCAAACCACCCACCUACCUUCAGGUUCUCAGUUUACGGGAAGCCGGACAAAUGAGCCUAGCCUUGACAACUUUGGAUAUCAGGAGCAUGGAGCAGGCACCCAAGGAGGGACAGAAGAGUGUAGGGCCUUCUCCUCACCCGCCUUAGGAAGAUUACAGCCAUCCAUGUCAGACACUAAUCUGGCUGACGCUGGGCUGCAGAGUGAAUCUGGGGAUCUAGCAAUGGACCUGAGCACCAUAAAGCAAGCCUGUGAGGGGGGGUACCUGGGUAUGGGAAUGCAGUAUGGAUCCUACACAGAUCUUCGCCACCAGGGGGACAUCAUGGCACAGCCUAUGCCACUGCGACGGUAUGGCUCCAUGUCAAAUAUUAACACAGAUCUGGGCUACUCCCGAGAUCUCUCCAGCUUCCAGGAGUCCAACCUAGCACAAUAUAGUGCCACCACUGCCAGAGAAAUCAGUCGAAUGUGCGCAGCUCUCAACUCAAUGGACCAAUUUGGGGGACGAUACAGCAAUCCCCCUGAACUACUGCAGUACAGCUCCGGAAGGGGUACCAGUCCAGCUAGUAGGCUGAACUUGCAGCACAGCUUAGCGUCAAUGAGGGCCAACCUCAUGAUGGGUCCUGAUGUCAGGCAGCCUGCACAUGUGCAAGCAUAUGCUAACCUGAUCAAUGCUCGACAAGCAAGCCUACGUGCACUCUAUCCCUCUGCCGUAAGAGCAGCCGAUGGAAUGAUCUACUCAACUAUCAACACCCCAAUUGCCUCCACCCUGCCAAUCACCACACAGCCUGCCUCUGUCUUGCGGCCCAUGCUCAGGGGAGUUUACAGACCUUAUCCCACAGGUGGUAUGACUGCUGUACCCUUGGCUAGCCUCACCAGGUUGCCUCUUGUAACUCCAAGGAUGCCUCUGUCCCCACAAGGACCUCUCCGUUACCCACCUCCUAACCGGUUCUCUGCAGCCCAUAUUUCUGCUCCUACAAGUGCUCCGGCUACCACCACAGCCCUGGAUACUCCUGUCUACCUUGGGAAACCUUCAGCAGCCCCCACAGUACCGAUCAGUGUACACUCAACUACAACUAUUCUAACUGGGUCUACUGGCCACUUAGGAGUUAAUGCUGUACCAACUGCUGGCAUCCAUACAACAGCAAUGCCCGUCCCACCAUCUGUUGCAGCGCCUGCAAACCAACAACACCUUCCAAUGCAAGCAGUACCAAUGCAGCAGCCACAUACCCAAACUCCAAUUCAACCUCAUACUACUCCUCAAAUACAACCCCAAAUGGCACCACCUCAACUGCAGACUCAAGUACAUCCCCAAAUGCAGCCUCAAAUGCAGCCCCAAACCCAGAUACAAAUCCAAUCACAAAGUCAGCCACAAAUGCAACCUCAGACACAGGCUGAAAUGCAGCUGCAGACCCAGUCACAAACUCUCCAACAAGCACAGAUUCCGGCUCAGCCCCAAACGCAAUCACAGGCACAGUCAGCACCAGAAGCUCUGGCGACCUCUGCAGCUAGCACCACCACCACUGGCAGCAGCAUCAAAACAGAGAAGGAUAUGGAAGAGGAGCGAUUCCGGCAGCAACAGGAGCAGCUCCUGCAGCUGGAGCGGGAACGUGUGGAACUAGAGAAGCUGCGUCAGCUGCGCCUGCAGGAAGAGCUAGAGAGAGAUCGUCUGGAGUUGCAGCGACAUAGAGAGAAGGAACAAAUGCUGGUGCAGCGGGAAAUACAAGAGCUGCAGACUAUUAAGCAGCAUGUCCUACAGCAGCAGCAGGUUGAGAGGGAGACACAGCUGGUCAUGCAGAGGGAGCAGUUAGCCCAACAGAAAGCGCAGCUGGACCAAAUUCAGUCAUUGCAGCAACAGCUGCAGCAGCAGCUGGAAGAGCAGAAAAGGCAGAAAACAGCUGCCGCAGAAGCAGCAGCUGCAGCUGCUGUAGCUGAAGCAGCUGCUGCAUCUGCAGCUGCAGCUGCAGCCACGUCUGCGCAGGGUGCCGUACAAGGUGCCAUGCAGGGUAUUACCGUGGUUGGGGGAGCUGCUCCUCAGGGAUUCUCUAUCAUCUGUGACCAGAGUGGCAGAGUAAUUCAGCAAGACAUACCACCUGAGCUUCAAAGGACCAUGAGCCAGAAUGGACAGUUCUGGCAACCUUACAUGGAAGGGCAUGUUGUCCAGGGAGUGGUGACCUCACGGACUUUGCCCAACUCUGCUUCAGAGAUGUCCCUUAGGAGUAGCGAGGAUUCUUUGGAGACACGGGCAAUGAAAAAGCGCAACUCCAUGCCACGCCUGAGGGAUGGGGCAAGGCCAGAGGGGGAGGAUGGCCUUCCCACAGUGAAAAGGAUCGCUGAUAGCAGUGUGCAGACUGAUGAUGAGGAUGGGGAGGAGAGGUUCCUGCUGUCCAGGCGAAGGAGGACCAGGCGUAUUGCUGAUUGCAGUGUCCAGACGGAUGACGAGGACCAGGCCGAGUGGGAGCAGCCAGUCCGUCGGCGACGGUCCCGUUUCUCUAAACACUCUGAAUCAAGUGCUGACACCAAGGCUGAGGCACCUAAGGUCUCCUCCUCCAGCAUUGCCAUCCAGACCACUACUGACUCCUCCUGUCAGACUGAGCCUGACCAGUUGGGAAGGGUGUCCCCAGCAAUCCACAUCACCACCUCAGAGCCCAAGGUUGAGGUGCUGCACUACAUCUCGGCCCCAGAGAGGACCCAGAAAGGGGAGAGCCUGGCUUGCCAGACAGAGCCUGAGCCCCAGUCCCAGGGAGUGGUGGCGCCCCAGCUCAGUGUGCCCACCACCAUCAGCCCAUACUCCACCAGUAUGCAGCUUGUUGGCUCUGGAGUGGUGGAUCCUCUCAGCCCACGGCAGCAGGGUGUGGCUAAGUUUGAGAGGAGGAAGCCUGACCCGCUGGAGAUUGGCUACCAAACACAGAUGCACAGUGACUCCCUUUCAAACCUGGCCCGCCAGCCUCCUAAAUCACCCCAGGUUCUGUACUCCCCUGUCUCCCCAUUGUCCCCCCAUCGAAUGCUGGAGACCUCAUUCUCCUCCAGCGAGAGACUCAACAAGGCACACGUCACCCCACAGAAACACUUUACUGCUGAGUCACCCCAACGUCACCAAACACUGCCUCGCCCAAUCAAGAGUGUUCAGCGAUCCAUGUCUGACCCCAAACCACUGAGCCCCACUUCGGAUGACUCGCCACGGGCCAGGUUCUCCUUGUAUCAACAGCAGGCUCUCCAGAACAGCCAGCUGAUGGCACUGCAGCAGCAGCAGCAGAACGCACUGAUGCGUAAGGUGAAGCGGACCCUGCCCAGCCCACCUCCGGAGGAAACCCCACUCCCCAUCGUCACCCCUGCCCUCCCCCAUAUGUAUGCUUCUCCCUCCUCCCUAGCCCAGCGUGGGCUGCCUCGGCCAUCUAUCGCCAUUACCAAAGCAGGGCUCCUGAAUGAGCUGAAGGCUGUGGAGCAGGAGUCCACCAAGCUCCGCAAGCAGCAGGCUGAGCUGGAGGAGGAGGAGAAAGAGAUUGAUGCCAAGCUACGUUACCUGGAGUUAGGUAUCACCCAGCGCAAGGAGCGAGAGAAGCGGGAACUGGCCUACUUGCGCUCAGUUGGGGAUGGCCGUGACUAUGCAUCUGACAGCGAGCUCAACAAUGUGCGCAUGGCCUCCACAUCAGCCUUUGAUGGUAAUGGCCUUCUGGGCAAGCAAAGUGGUGGUGCUCCUCUCAGCCAGUUCGCCUCUGAUCAACUGGCCUCCAAUCAGUACACACUCGCUUCUUCUUUCCUGACUUAUCAGUAUCCGCAGAGUCAGUCAGUUCCACCCCCACCCCAGCCCAGUCCUGCCUACCAGCAGAUAGGCUUCCAACCCCCGCAGUACCCCACCAUCUCCCAGUCUCAACCUCAGCCUGGAACUUGUCAGCCCCACCCAUCUCCCCCAACCCUCCACCCUCAGGGGACAUACCCCUCCCAAGGCUACCCCCAGAGCCAGCUCUCCUAUCAGACUGAACUGGGACACCCUAGCCUGCCUGGAUUCCAGCCCCCAACAGGCACUCCUCCAUACCCAAGCCAGACCUCCUACCAGUCGAGCCAGAGCCUGGCAUUCCAGCCACAGGCUGAGGUCCUCUCAAUUCACCAGAAACCCCGGCAGACCUCCUUAGCUGACCUGGAGCAGAAGAUUCCCACCAACUAUGAGGUCAUCAGCAACCCCACUGUGGUGGUCACCACAUCAGCUCAGGACAGCGCCUUUACUAGCCCUUACACCUCCACCACAAUGGCUAACAUGUAUGGGCAGUAUCGGCCCCCUGAGCAGACCAUGUCAGACCGAAUCCGCUCUGCAGACAGCCCCACCUCUGCCUACACCUCAGAGGGCCUUUACUCCAACUUGGAGCAGAACAUCCCUCGUAACUAUGUCAUGAUCGAUGACAUCAGUGAGCUGACUAAGGAGAGCAUGGGACCAGGCCCAGACAUGCACAGUCGGACCGACAUCCAUGGGCAGCCGCCAAACGGGCGUUAUGGAAGCGAGAAUGGCCCUACCCGAGCCAUGCCCUAUGGAGACGAGCCAGAGUACCCAUAUGGUAGUGGCAAGACCACCUCUGCAUACCACCAACAAGGAGCAGACCCUCAUGGUCGGAGUGGGGGAUCCUCGUAUUACUACGAUGACUACAGCAAGCACUCCUCAUCACGAGGGGGAGCUGGCGUCCAGAAGCAUUCCUCCAAGAGCCUCGCACCAGCUGUAGUGUCAUCCUCCAAGCGCAGCAAACACAGGAAGCAGGGCAUGGAGCAGAAGAUCUCCAAGUUCUCCCCCAUUGAAGAGGCCAGGGACGUAGAGUCUGACUUAGCCUCCUAUACCAUCACCACGCCAUCUGGCGGGAGUUGCACCGUGGUAUCCCGGGCCAAGAAGCUUGGGGAUGAAAUCACACACGGGCUGAAGAAAAAUGUGUACGAUCAGCAACGGUAUUAUGGGUCGUCAAGUCGGGAGGCCUUGGAGGAGGAGGACCGUAUGUACGGCUCUGGCAGGUCCCGCUCAACUGGUUAUGGGAUGGACAAGAUCUCUUCCCGGGACUCUGGCUACCGGAGCAAGUCAUAUGAGCGGGACACGGUGGAGCGAGCCCAGAGGGGCAGCCACGUGCGAGGCCGUUCCUCAAUCCGGCCCCAGCACUCAGAAGAGGAGAGCCCGCUUAGUCCUGUAGGAAAACCUAUGGGUGUUGGGCGGGGUCCUGCAGCGGUUGAUCCACAUGACAGCCGCAAUCAGUAUGGCUCUAGCCACUCCCUGCCUGAUGUGGACCACCACACAAAGGAUGUACCCAGAAGUCACGUUUAUAAACCAGACGACCCAUACCUGGUGGAUGAUAUGCAUUGUGCUGUGUCUGACAGCGAAGCCUAUCAUUUGGGACAGGAGGAGACAGACUGGUUUGAAAAGCCCCGUGAAGCCCGCUCUGAUAGGUCCAGGCAUGGUGGCAGCGGUGGUGGUCAUUCUUCAUCUGGAAGGCGAAGCCAUGUGAAACACACCUACCAUGACUAUGACGAGCCGCCAGAGGAGGAUCUCUGGCCACAGGAGGACUAUGGCACCCCACGUCACUCCUCCUCACGGGAGCACAGGCACCAUGGCAGCAGCGGCAGCUCAGGGGGGCGCCACUCCUCAUCCCGCCACUCCUCUGAGGACCCUCGCGCCUCCCGCUCCACCCGGGGCCAUGCCAAGGACUCGUCAGGCCGCCCUGAAUCCCGGGGCACCUCAUCCACCGCGCAUAAGAGGGGGUCAUCCUCGCAGGGUCAUCACGGCAGCUCAGAUUACUCCCGAGACCCCGCUGGGCACCCGCACAGGCCGCAGAAACAGCAGCCACCCUCCGGCCGCAGGCAGGAUGCAUCCCGGCAGCCGCAGCAGCAACAGCUGCAGCAGCGCUCCUCUGGAGGCCCAGCUUCUGGGAGGCAAUCUGGCACGCAGCAGCAGGAGCAACAGCAGCCACAGGGGCAACAACAGGGGCAACAACCUGAGCAACAACUGGGGCAACCGCAGGGGCAGCAGCUAACUGCGGCAGCUCAGCCUGCACCCACCACAGGGCCAAUGCAGCAGCAGCAGCAGCAGCAGCAGCAGCAACCACCGCAGCAGCAGCAGCAACAACCACCCCAGCAGCAGCAGCAGGCUAAGCCUGGACAGACCCAGGCCCCGCCCCCAGCUCGACAGUCACAGGCAGGCCCCCAAGCUGGCCUUCAGCCCACCACUGUGGCAAAGACCGAGACUGCUGCUGAUGCUUCUAAGCUGGGGAUGAAGCCAGGACUCACACAGGCCGCUAAGCCCCCCCAGGUUCCCCUGACAGGGAUAGGGUCGAAAGCAGCCCCCAGACCAGGGGGGAUAGGCAGUGCUGCAGCGGGACAGCCUGGAGCCGAAGGCGACAGUGUCCUCUCAAAAAUCUUACCUGGGGGUGCAGCCGAGCAGGCAGGGAAGCUGGGAGAUGCUGUCUCAGCUUUGGGCAAGAAGUUCACCUCUUUUUGGUGAACAGUAGGGCAGAGGGGUCUGUACAGUGAACAUAGAGACCAAUCUUGAGGCUUCGUACUGGAAAAACCUACAAACUCAGAACCCUGAAUUUCCGUCCCAUCCAUCCGAACCCCAAACCCUUUAUCCCCACAAACCCCCACAGGCUAUUCAAACGGACCACCCCCAACCACACAUUUCACCAGAGAGAGAGAGAGGGAGGGAGAGCAGAGGUCAAAGAGCAUCCAGCCAAUCAGGAGCACAGAUUCCAAGAUGUGUGAGAAAACAUCAUGGCUUCCUCCAGCAGGCAGUGUGCAUGUGAUCCUGCUGAUCUUGGAUCUGUCCUUUCAAACAUGGUGGGCAUGUUGCCAAGGAAACUCCACAUCUGACUGAGGAAUUGUGGGGAAGGAUGGGCUCACUGGAGGACUGCAUGGAAGUCCAUGGAGGAAGUGUGGUGUGGAACACGUUUGCUCUGUGGAAUACUUGACCGCUGCUCUGGAUCCCUGAUUCCAAACAUGUGUGCCCAAAAGGCCAUUCUCACCUCCUCUCUCUCAAGAUUUAACCCCAGAUGAACCAUAUUCUUCCAUCUCUCAAGAUUUAACCCCAGAAGAACCAUAAUCUUCCAUCUCUCAAGAUUAAAACCCCAAAUAAAAUGCAAUCUUCCCUCUUUCAAGAUUAUAACCUAAAAUUCUGAGCAGUUCCCAGGUUUUUCUAGUACUAAAAGACUUAUACUUUUGUGAAAGAACUUCAGGAAACAAUAAAAAAAAAGAUAAUUGCAAUGGAAACAAAGGAAUCCUUACUGUUUGCUGGGUGACUGUUUUCCGUCUACAUUCCAGAGCGGAGAGGACAGGAACCACAUCAGUACCCAACGCUCCUCAUCCCCCAAUGGGAAAUUACAUGAACAUUACACAAAAACAGGAAAUGACAUCAGACCUGGCCAUAGGACUGAAGGCUGGAGAAACGAUGGUCAGGCUUCAUGUUUAGCCAUCAUAAAGCCAUGCUAAAUCCAGGGGUACUAGGUCUCCUUUUUUAUUUUUGUUUGUGUGUUUGAUUAUGAGUUUAUUAUCAUUUGCCUGAUAUUCUUUCUCUGAAGAAAGAAGCAGCCUUAACCAUUUCAUUGUUUUUUACUUGUAUUGUAUACCUUAUAUAUUUUUAUAAUCCAUAUUCCCCUGACUUUCUUUGCACAACUGUAUACUACUGUAUGAAUCUGAUAUCAGUAAGAAUACAGACUGAUUUGAUUUGAUUUAUAUUUUUGGGGAAUUUGUGUUUAUUUUAUGGUUUGUUUGGUAUUAUUUAUAUUUUCAUUUUCAAUCAUCAUAAUUAUUUAAUUUAUUAUCAGUAUCAUUGUUGUAUUUUUUUUUAUUAUUUAAGGUGAUCGGUGUCCGUUGGUGAAGAGCACAAUACUGUGUUGUUUGUAAUACUGAGGUCUAGGCUGUGCGGCCUCUACCACUCUGACCCCCAAACUAUUUUAGAUACCUUUCCACUGGGGGGAACACUGCACUAAAACAGAGGUGUUGUGCGGAACAGGAAGUGUCUGAGUGCGCCUGUGUGUUUACAUGACCUGCAGCAGUCCGGGUGCUUGUAGUCAACACACAGGAGCUACUGCGCUGUGGCGAGCUGUUGCUGAACCAAUGGGCAACAGUAUCACACCCUCUCUGGAAAAUGCAUUGGCGAUGUUGUGCCAUUGUUUCAGCAACAAAUCUAAACCACAGCUCAGAGUCCACAGGCCAUGAAUUGGAUGGUUGUCAUGGAAAUGUUUGGGGCACGUUCCACUUACUGUUUUUUUGCAGUGUUGUGUAAAACCCAAAACCUAACUCUGUGCACACACACACACACACACACACAUAUGCACACAGUUUGUGAAAGAGUUUGUGAAAACAUGAACACACAUAUGCAAGACACAUACUAGCGUGCGUGCGCACACACUCGCACACACACACAAACAUACAGACAGACAGACAGACACACACACACACACACACACACACGCAUGUCCCUGUACUUGUAUGUCCUUUUGUGUGUGCUUCCCAAAUCUAAAAACAACAAAUGAUGAAAUAACCAAGCUGGGCAGUGGAAAGUGUUUUCAUUUCAGAUGUUCUAUGCAAUGAUUCAUUUUGAAACAGAAAAAACUGUUAAUAUUUAAUACCAUUAUCAAUGAUAUGUUUAAGAAUACAAAUAAAUUGUGUUACUGAGAAUAAAAAAAUGGGUAUAAACUUGUUUGUAUUUAGCUACUUGUAUGUAUGGAAUUGAAUUACUGAUUUAGAUUUUUUUAUGGUAGCGGCAUGUUGAAGCACCACCCUCUUCUCUGGGGGAUCUGUUGCCAAAGGCUUUGCUCUGUAGAUCCUCAUUUCAGUCAUUGAACCUUUAGCAUGAGCCGCUGGGUCUCCGCCCCCUUCUCUCUCUCAUCCUGUAGCAUGAGCUGCUGGGUCUCCGCCCCGUUCUCUCUCUCAUACUAUAGCAUGAGCUGCUGGGUCUCCGCCCCCUUCUCUCUCUCUCAUCCUAUAGCAUGAGCUGCUGGGUCGCCACUCCCUUCUUUCUCUCAUCCUAUAGCAUGAGCUCCUGGGUCACCGCCCCUUUCUCUCUCUCAUCCUAUAGCAUGAGCUGCAGAGUCUCCACCCCCAUUUAUAUUGUUCAGCUGCUGCUCAUGCACUUGUUAUUUCACUCCAGUGUGGUCCUGCUGAAGGGGUGUUUGUUCUGUGCAAUAUGGCUAUGCUUGUACCGUGUUUUUCUGCUGUUCAGUUCAGCUAUGCUGGCAAAGUGUGCUUAUGCUGUGCAGUACAGCUGUGCUAGUACAGUAUGUAUGUUCUGUGCAGUAGUGCUUUGUUGGCACAGCACAGCUAUACUGGUAAAGUGUGUUUAUGCUUGCAAUAUGGCUGUGUUAGCACACUGUGUUUGUACUGUGCAGUACAGUAUGUCUGUGCUUUCACAGUGUGUUUGUGCAUUGACAGUCUAGUUGUACUAGCAGUGUUGCUGUUUGUGUUGUGCAGUACAAGUUGAGGAUUUCUCUCCUGCUUUCACCAAACCCAUUGAGAGGGAAGGAGCAGAUGCAACAACAGAAUGAAAGAAAACAGGAAACAGGAAGUCAGCAAUCCUGAAUGUAAAUCUUAUCAGUGUGAAAGCAGGGAGUACAGUCACCCUGAGCAGCUCAAGCAUGUUGUCCAUAUAGACCUCAUCAGUUAUCACUUAUUAUGAGCAUGCAAAGAGAGAGAGAGCUGUGCUGGUACAGCCAACCUCAGUCCAUACUUGGGACUGUCCUACAGUCUCUGUGUCAGCUCGGUGGGGUGCACAGGGCAGAAUCAAACAGCAAAGUUAGUUUAACACUCUCUUCCAGCCGAAGUGCAUUAAUGGCACAGUUCCCAGCUGUAGAAACAGGCAUGGCUGUGCAGUUCAGAAACGGGUUACUGUGCAGUAGAGAAACAGGUGCAACUGUGCAGCACAGAAACAGGCAUGACUGCACAGUUCAAAAACAGGUGUGACUGUGCAGCACAUAAAUAGGUGUGACUGCUAUAUAGAAACAGGUGUGACUGUAGAGCACAGAAACAGGUGUGACUGCCGUGUAGAAGCAGGUGUGACUGUAGAGCACAGAAACAGGUGUGACUGUGCCGUAUAGAAGCAGGUGUGACUGUAGAGCACAGAAACAGGUGUGUCUGUGCUGUAUAGAAGCAGGUGUGACUUUAGAGCACAGAAACAGGUGUUACUGUGCCGUAUAGAAGCAGGUGUGACUGUAGAGCACAGAAUCAGGUGUGACUGUGCCGUAUAGGAGCAGGUGUGACUGCGCAGAUCAGAGGUGAUGUUCCAGGCAACCCCAGAGAUGGUUCCAUAUCAGUUCCCCCAUUUCUAUAUUUCAAAACAGGUGCAUGAGUGAGCACUGUAGAAUCUCACUGUAAAUAGCAAUACUGUACUAACUGUACCUGCAGCACCGGGCAGAGGCCUGAAAGAUGAUACAGUACGAGGGCCAAAAUGUGGGGGCACCCCCACCCCCCACCGCCCCCCCACCGACACACCCACACCCCCAUGCAUGUCCCCUCAACCCAAAACACACCCCCCCCCCCACACAGGCACUCUUUUUGUGUUUAAAACAAACUACUCAAUGAACAAGCAUUGUGUAUGUGGCUCGUUUCGACUGUUGACAACUUUAAAAAAAAAAAAACUUUGUAUCCAGAAACAUAUUGGUCUGUGGAGUUUCUAUACAUGUGGUGUUUGUAAAUGACUAAAACAGUUCCUGAAUAAAACUCGUCCUGGCUUCCAUGUCAUUUGUGGGAAAGGGCCAGAUGUGGAUUGUAAAAUAAGUGAAUAAUUAAAAGCAAAAUGAGACUAAAAAUAAAACUGAAAAGACAAACAUUUGAAAUUGAAAAAGUUUCAUUGACAGGUGUGAGAGCAAUGGGCUUGCUCCAUGUCUCCAUUGUGAAACCGUGUGUAUUUUUCACUGUAUUCCUGUAAACAGUUGUAGUAAAACUCGGUGCAUCAUGUCCAGUAAUGUGCUUAAUGGAGAUACUGACCCUGCGACACAUUUCCACUGAGAAAGAAUAAAGAGAAUGAAAAGUGA